CACGUGAGCCGCACAAUGGCUGUCAGCCCAUUUAAGGCUUCCCAGCAACGACAAGUAAAAGUCAUGACCGCCGCCGCGGGCUCGGCGUGCCGUGUCGCGGUGCCCUUGUUGUUGUGCGCGAUGCUAGUGCCCGGUGGCGCCUACGUGCUCAAUGACUCCGACGGGCUGGGCCGGGAGUUCGAUGGCGUCGGCGCAGUCAGCGGCGGCGGGGCAACCUCCCGGCUUCUAGUAAAUUACCCAGAGCCCUAUCGUUCUGAAAUACUGGAUUAUCUAUUUAAGCCAAACUUUGGUGCCUCUUUGCAUAUCCUUAAAGUGGAAAUAGGUGGUGAUGGACAAACAACAGAUGGCACCGAACCCUCCCACAUGCACUAUGAACUGGAUGAGAAUUAUUUCCGAGGUUAUGAAUGGUGGCUGAUGAAGGAGGCUAAGAAGAGGAACCCAGAUAUCAUACUUAUGGGGUUGCCAUGGUCAUUCCCUGGAUGGCUGGGCAAAGGUUUCAGCUGGCCUUAUGUAAACCUUCAGCUGACUGCCUACUAUGUUGUAAGAUGGAUUUUGGGUGCCAAGCAUUAUCAUGACCUGGACAUUGAUUAUAUUGGGAUUUGGAAUGAAAGGCCAUUUGAUGCCAACUAUAUAAAGGAAUUACGAAAAACGUUGGAUCAUCAAGGGCUCCAGAGAGUGAAAAUCAUAGCAAGUGAUAACCUCUGGGAGCCCAUUUCUUCUUCCCUGCUCCUGGACCAUGAUCUCUGGACGGUGGUUGAUGUCAUAGGAGCUCAUUACCCUGGAACCCAUACAGUGUGGAAUGCAAAGAUGUCAGGGAAGAAGCUUUGGUCUUCUGAAGAUUUUAGCACUUUCAACAAUGAUGUUGGCGCAGGCUGUUGGGGUCGUAUAUUGAACCAGAAUUAUAUCAAUGGCAAUAUGACCGCCACAAUUGCUUGGAAUUUGGUGGCUAGUUACUAUGAAGAAUUGCCUUAUGGGCGAAGUGGGCUGAUGACAGCCCAGGAGCCGUGGAGUGGGCAUUAUGUGGUAGAGUCUCCCAUCUGGAUUUCAGCUCACACAACUCAGUUUACCCAACCAGGCUGGUAUUACCUGAAGACAGUUGGCCAUCUGGAGAAAGGAGGGAGCUACGUAGCUCUGACUGAUGGCUUAGGGAACUUCACCAUCAUCGUUGAAACUAUGAGUCGUAAACAUUCUAAGUGUAUACGGCCAUACCUACCGUAUUACAAUGUCUCACACCAGCUGGCCACCUUCACUCUAAAGGGAUCUUUGAAAGAAAUACAAGAGCUACAGGUGUGGCAUACCAAGCUUGGAAGACCUGUGGAGAGACUUCAUUUUAAACAACUGGAUUCUCUAUGGCUCCUUGACAGCAGUGGCAACUUCACACUGGAACUGCAGGAGGACGAGAUAUUCACACUCACCACUCUCACCACAGGUCGCAAAGGCAGCUAUCCUGCUCCUCCCAAGUCGAAGCCCUUCCCAACCAUCUAUAAGGAUGAUUUCAAUGUUGAUUACCCAUUUUUUAGUGAAGCUCCAAAUUUUGCUGAUCAGACCGGAGUAUUUGAGUACUUCAAGAAUAGCGAAGACCCCGGACAGCAUCGUUUCACACUGCGCCAAGUUCUCAAUCAACGACCUAUUACCUGGGCUGCCGAUGCUUCCAGCACAAUCAGCGUUAUAGGCGAUUACCACUGGACCAACAUGACUGUGCAAUGCGAUGUUUACAUAGAGACUCCUCAGAGAGGAGGCGUAUUCAUUGCUGGAAGAGUGAACAAAGGUGGCAUCGUAAUUAGAACUGCUACAGGAGUUUUCUUCUGGAUUUUUGCAAGUGGAUCUUACAGAGUUACAGCUGACCUGGGUGGGUGGAUCACAUAUACUUCAGGCCAGGCUGACAUCACAGCAAAACGAUGGUAUACCCUCACCUUAAGCAUUAAGGGUUAUUUUGCUUCUGGCAAGUUGAACGGCAAGGUCCUGUGGGAAAAUGUCCCUGUGAAAUACCCAGGGAAUGGCUGGGCUGCGAUCGGAACGCACACCUUUGAGUUUGCGCAGUUUGACAACUUCCACGUGGAAGCUGCUCGCUAGUACUUACAGGGCAUCAAGACACGAUUUGGAUUUUCUAUUUUCUAUUUUUGUUCAGGGACAAUUCUAGUUUUGAUGGACCUAUAUGUGAGCCUUUGAGCUACCAAUAAUGAAGAGUAAAUAGGAAAAACAGUACAUUUUUGCUGGAUUGUGUGAAAGAUUUUAUUAGAACUAACUCCAGAAGGAAGAC